AUGUCUGACAAGACCGUCAGAGCGUUUUGGAUUGCACAAGGACACGAUCCACGUGAUCCCUUAGUCCUCGCAUGUCUGGUGCAGGCUGAGAUUGCGUCCACGGCGGUGGUGCCGCCGACUCCGAAGUGGGCGGCCUCUCGGUGGAAAAAGUUUCGGAAGGGCCCUCCGACGCCAGCGACUGGUCCGAUGGCUGCCGCGCUGCCGUCGGAGGCGCGGUCAGCGAAGGUGGCGACAGGGGACCAACCGCCAGAUGCGCAGCCAGCGGAUGUGGCGACAGGGGCGCAGCCGUCAAAGGCGCAGCCAGCGGAGCCGUGCCAGAGACCCGCAUGGCCGCGACAGGGGCGCAGCAGCCGGAUGGCCAGCCAGCCAUCGGCCGUCGGAGGCGCAGCCGCGCCCGCGCCGAAGCGGCUCCAGCUGACUAGCAAGCAUGGCCACGACACGGCGCCGACUCCGCCUAGCAAGCCGACUCCGCCUCCCAAGCCACCUCCAGGCCACCUCAUACCUGCGCCGCCGACAUCACCUCCAGGUCUCCCUGCGCCGCUGCCCAAGCAGAGGCCAUGUGGACGCCAGAAGGUCGCCCACCACCACACGCCGCAGCACGACGGCGCCGAGUGGGGCACGAGCAGCUACACCGAGACGGGCGGCGGGCACGCGGAGGGCCACACCGACACGCGCGGCACGGACGGCGACUACAUCGGCGGCGGUGCGGCACAGGCGAUGACGACGCGCGACACGGACGCCUACGACGGUGUGAACAUGUGGUGGGACGACGAGCUGCAGGGAUACAUGUGGUGGGGCGACGAGCUGCAGGGACGCGGCACGGGGCGCGACUACGACCACGGAUGCUGGCGCAGCAGCCGCGACCAGUGGCAUUGCGAUUGGUCGGAGCAGGGCUCCGCGUGGCGGGGCACCAACAGCGGCAGCGCCACGUGGACUUGGGACCGCGGCAACGCGCAGGAGGGAGGCGGCAGCACCGCGGCCGUCGAGCACAUCGUCACGACGCCGAAGCGCAUGCGCGAAGCGGAG